AUGGAUCCUUUACCAUAAUUUGCAGGAGAUGAUUAAUAAAUAACUUAUCUUUUUGCAUGGGGACGUAAUAAAGAUGGAGAAUUGUCUAUAGUAAAAUGGAUAUCAUUAAUGUUAUUAGGGCAAUUAAAAGAAAUGUAAUACUCCUAAGGCAGUACAAGGAUUGAAGAAUUAAACAGUUUAAUUGAUUAGUUCAGGUUCAAACCAUUCAGGAAUAGUAACAUUAGAUGGUUAACUAUUUAUUUGUGGUUCUGCAUUACACGGUUUGCAAUUCAAAUUUAAAAAAUAAUUUAGGUAAACUAGGUUUUGAGGAUGCAAAUCAACCAUCUUAUCCAAAAUUCUUACUUGUUUAGGCUAUGAAAGGAUUGUUUGUGACUUAGGUGGCCACAGGAGAUUAUCAUACUUUAUGUUUAUUAGACAAUGGAUAAGUUUAUGCAUGGGGUGGCACACUUCAUAAAAAGUUAGGAUCUAAAGCAGGUAAACCAGCAAGAAUUGAAACAUUAAAGCAAACUAUAGUAUAAAUAGGAUGUGGUGAUUUUCAUAGUGCUGCAUUAAGUGCUAAUGGAGAUCUAUAUACAUGGGGAGGAGGAGGAAGAGAUUAUAAUCGAGGUUAAUUAGGUCAUGGACAUUUGAAUGAUGUAGAAACUCCAUAAGUUGUUAAAGAUAAUAUAGUCAAAUUCAGUUGUGGAGGUUAUCAUAUGAUGGCAUUAGAUAAGGAUGGAGAAUUAUGGUCUUGGGGUUCUGGGAUGUAUGGAGAGACUGGUUAAGGUGAAUUUUAAGAUAGUUUAUUACCAAAAAAAGUAAAAGUGAAUUUCAAUUAAAAACACAUAAUUAUUGAUGAUAUUUAUGUGUAGAAUAAAUAAGGUUAUUUAUUAUUAUUAUUAUUAAUAUAGAGUCAACUAUCAAGGAAAUCAGUCUAGGUGGACAUCAUAGUUUGUUAUUAUCGAAUAAAGGAAUUGUAUAUGCCUGUGGAUAUGCAUAACAUGGAUAAUUAGGUAUUAAAGCUACUGAAAAUUAAAAUAAAUUCUAAUUAGUUAUAGGAUUAUCUGGAAAAACUAUAGUAUAAAUUGCAGCUGGAUGGAAUCAUUCAAUAGUAUUGACAAGUCAUUCAGAUGUUUAUACUUGUGGGCAUAAUUAAGCAGGAUAACUAGGAGUUGGUGAUUAUGAAAGUAGAACUUAAUAUACUAGAAUUAACUUUUUGGAAAAGAGAAGAAUUAAAUAAUUAUUUGCAGGUGGUAAUCAUUCUUGGGCAUUAAUUGAUUAUAAUUAACCUAGAAUAGAUGAUUAUUCUCCACCAUCUCCUCUAAAUGAAGAAGUAAAAAUUGAAAAUUUUACUUAACCUCUUGAUUAAGGUCUUUAAGAUUUAGAAAUAGUUAUUACUGAGGUUAAAAUGCAUCAUAGAUUUGUUAAAAUUUAAGUUCCUACUUAAUUUUAAACUACUAUUCAAGCCAAAAUUAAUGAUUAUUUGAAUUUUAUGCAAAAAGAUCCUAAUACAAAAUUAAGUAAAUUUUAAAAUGAUGCUCUUGCCUUAGGAAUCUAAGAAGAUAAUAAUAAGUAUUUAUUUUAUUUAUAUAUUUUAUUUAGAUUAUCAUUUACUAUUAUGAUGAUUAUGGAUCUAUCUUAAUAUAAGAUGCCAUUUGAAGAAUUGGAUGAAGGGAAAGUCAAUCAAAUUGGGAAAUAGUUUGUUGUAAAGAGAAGCACUUUCAAUAAAAAUCCUAUUUACGAUUGGAUUAUAUAAGCUGAGAAGAUAAUGAAUAUUCCAGGAAUCUAAAUAAAAUUCUUAGAACUUAGACCAUUAUAAUGA